AACGGGCAGCCGGCACUCCGAGGCGGCUUCUCCAGAGCGCAGGCUGGAGCUGGCGGACACGGCGAGCCCAGAGCACCCCCCAGGCUGAGUGUGCAGGACGCGCGCCCGCCGCACCCACCACACCCCCCCACCGGCCGGUGAAUGAGGCUUCCAGGCGUCCGCUCGCGGCCCGCGGCGCCCCGCCGGAGGUCCGCCCGCUGAGGCGCCUGCGGCAGCCGGUGCGCUCACCUGCCAGCCUGCGGGCCAUGGGGCAACCCGGCAACAGCAGCGUCUUCUUCCUGGCGCCCAACGGGAGCCACGCUCCGGACCACGACGGCACGCAGGAACGGGACGAGGCGUGGGUGGUGGGCAUGGGCAUCUUCAUGUCUCUCAUUGUCCUGGCCAUCGUGUUCGGUAACGUGCUGGUCAUCACAGCCAUCGCCAAGUUCGAGCGUCUGCAGACGGUCACCAACUACUUCAUCACUUCGCUGGCCUGUGCUGACCUGGUCAUGGGCCUGGCGGUGGUGCCCUUUGGAGCCAGCCACAUCCUCAUGAAAAUGUGGACUUUUGGCAACUUCUGGUGCGAGUUUUGGACUUCCAUUGAUGUGUUGUGCGUCACGGCCAGCAUUGAGACCCUGUGCGUGAUCGCAGUGGAUCGCUACUUGGCCAUCACGUCACCCUUCAAGUACCAGAGGCUGCUGACCAAGAAUAAGGCCCGGGUUGUCAUUUUGAUGGUGUGGAUAGUGUCAGGCCUUACUUCCUUCUUGCCCAUCCAGAUGCACUGGUACCGGGCCACCCACCCGGAAGCCAUCAAGUGCUAUGCCAAGGAGACCUGCUGUGACUUCUUCACGAACCAACCCUAUGCUAUUGCUUCCUCCAUCGUGUCCUUCUACUUGCCCCUGGUGGUCAUGGUCUUCGUCUACUCCAGGGUCUUCCUGGUGGCCAAAAGGCAGCUCCAGAAGAUUGACAAAUCUGAGGGCCGCUUCCAUGCCCCAAAUCUCAGCCAGGUGGAGCAGGAUGGGCGGAGCGGGCAUGGGCAUGGACUUCGCAGGGCCUCCAAGUUCUGUUUGAAGGAACACAAAGCCAUCAAGACAUUAGGCAUCAUCAUGGGCACUUUCACCCUCUGCUGGCUGCCCUUCUUCAUCGUCAAUAUUGUGCAUGUGAUCAAGGAUAACCUCAUCCCUAAGGAAGUUUACAUCUUCCUAAACUGGGUGGGCUAUGUCAAUUCUGGUUUCAAUCCCCUUAUCUACUGUCGGAGCCCAGAUUUCAGGAUUGCCUUCCAGGAGCUUCUGUGCCUGCGCCGGUCUUCUUUGAAGGCCUAUGGGAAUGGAUACUCUAACAACAGCAAUGGAAAAAGUGACCACACUGGGGAGCAGAGUGGAUAUCAACUGGAGCAGGAGAAAGAAAGCAAACUGAUGUGUGAGGACCCCCCAGGCAUGGAAGACUUUGUGAACUGUCAAGGUACUGUGCCUAACGAUAGCAUUGAUUCACAAGGGAGGAACUGUAGUACAAAUGACUCACUGCUGUAAUGCAGUUUUUCUACUUUUUAAGAUCCCCCCACCCCAACAGAACACUAAACAGACUAUUUAACUUGAGUGUAAUAAAUUCAGAAUAAAAUUGUAUAGAGAUAUGCAGGAGGAGGGGUAUCCUUCUGCCAUUUUUUUUUAAAUUAUUUUUUUAAGCUGUAAAAAAAGAGAAAACCUAUUUGAGUGAUUAUUUGUUUUUGUACAGUUCAGUUCCUCUUUGCAUGGAACUUGUGAGUAUAUGUCCGAAGGGCUUUUGUCCUAGAGGACCUGGGUCUGCUAUGUUUUGAUGACUUUUUUGUGUAUCUACCUCAUUAGUCAAGUAUUAGGUGUAAUAUAUUGCUGCUGGUAGUUUGUAUCUGAAGGAGAUUUUCCUUCCUGCACCUUCGGACUUAAGGAACUUAACUAUCUCGGACCUUUCAGCUGUGAACAAGGACUCUCCCCCGCUCUUCUUAUUGGCUCAAAUGGGGUGUUGUAGGCAGGGAUUUGAGGGGCAGCUUCAGUUGUUUUCCUGAGCAAAGUCUAAAGUUUACAGUAAAUAAAUUGUUUGACCACGACUUCAUUGCA